GGCUUGAUCCGGCUUCAAAACUCAGAAGUGCCCUCAAAAUUCUGCCGUGAUAUAAUAGUCCCACUGAGUCCACCGUGUCCAAAUCCUUGCGAAACCCAGUUCCGGCGUUCUCCCCCCUUGUAGGCUUGUACUCUGCAGAAAAUCCAUUUACACCGACAGACUGAGGGAAUUAUCGAUAGAGAGCCACAGAUGGAGGUGGAGAUGGAGCCGAGAGUGAAGCCAUUGGCCUACAAAGUGAAGGCCAUGUCAAGGGAAUCCACUGCCCAGAAGGCCACUCAUGUACUCGACACUGACCUACGCAACCACUGGUCAACUGGCACCAACACAAAGGAAUGGAUCUUACUCGAACUCGAUGAACCAUGUCUGCUUUCACACACAAGGAUAUAUAACAAGUCUGUGUUGGAGUGGGAAAUUUCAGUUGGCUUGCGUUACAAGCCAGAGACAUUCGUAAAAGUUCGUCCUCGCUGUGAAGCACCUCGACGUGACAUGAUAUAUCCAAUGAAUUACACUCCUUGCCGCUAUGUUCGAAUAUCUUGUAUGCGUGGAAACCCAAUAGCUAUUUUUUUCAUUCAGCUGAUUGGGGUUCCUGUUACUGGUCUGGAGCCAGAGUUUCAGUCAGUUGCUAAUUACUUGAUACCACACAUAGUAUCACAUAAACAGGAUGCUCGUGAUAUGCAUCUUCAGUUGCUUCAAGACGUGACAAGUCGGUUAGUCAAGUUUCUUCCAUACAUUGAGACAGAUAUUAAUAACUUUCCAGAAGAUCCUGAAUCCACUAUGCGUUUUCUUGCUAUGGUUGCUGGUCCCUUUUAUCCUAUCCUUAACAUUGUAAACGAAAGAGAAAAUGAGAGGUUGGCUGCAAAUAUUUCUGACUAUGAAGCUUUUAAGACCAAUCCUCUAUCAACAGCUUUGACUGUUUCCUCCAAUUUUGAGCCAAGAAGAUCACGCAACACGUCAUCAAUGUUCUUAUCCAAAUCUAGUCACUUGGCCUUCCGUCCAGAGGCAGUCUUCACAUUGCUUCGAAAGGCUUACCGAGAUUCAAGCCUUGGAACCUUGUGCAGACUGGCAUCAAGAAUUUUGCUGAAGCUCAUGGAGCCAAUGACAAUGCAAGAAGCAUCUGAUCCAGCUGCUGAAAUUUCAUCAUCUGUUGCUGAGGAGGCAACACGAUCUGAGGAUUGUGGUCAUGUUUCCUUAAUUGACUACUCAAACUUGUUUGGGGAGGAGUUUCAAAUUCUGGAUGAUCAUUGGGAUACUAUCUACCUUAGUGUCUUAGAUUCUGGGGCUGUUGAAGAAGGAAUUUUGCAUGUUCUUUAUGCUUGUGCAUCUCAGCCUUUGCUCUGCGGCAAGCUGGCAGAUGGAACUUCUGACUUUUGGUCAGCAUUACCACUAGUACAAGCGUUGCUGCCAGCACUGCGUCCUACUAUCAGUAGUCCUUACCUAAUCGAUGACAAUUUCUCUCCGUGGAAACAACAUUUUGUACAAAAUGCCCUGAGUCAGAUUGUGGCAACUUCGUCUUCAUCGGUCUACCAUCCUCUGCUUCGUUCUUGUGCUGGCUAUUUAUCUUCUUUUUCACCAACUCAUGCGAAGGCGGCAUGUGUCCUUAUUGAUCUAUGCUCUGGCGUCUUAGCACCAUGGAUGGCUCAAGUGAUUGCCAAGGUGGACUUAACUAUGGAGCUCUUGGAGGACCUUUUAGGUGUCAUCCAGGGUGUUCGUCAUUCAUUUUCUCGUGCACGUGCAGCGCUCAAAUAUAUUGUCUUGGCACUAUCUGGGAACAUGGAUGAUAUUAUGGCAAAAUAUAAGGAUGCUAAGCACCGGAUUCUUUUUCUGGUGGAGAUGCUAGAACCUUUUCUAGAUCCUUCCUUAACCCCCUUAAAGGGUAUUAUAGCUUUUGGAAAUGUUUCCUCAACUUUCGUUGAAAAUCAGGAACAGAAUUGUGCCAUUGCAUUAAAUAUAAUUCGAACAGCCAUAAGGAAGUCUGUAGUUCUUCCGUCAUUGGAAGCUGAAUGGAGGCGUGGAUCAGUUGCUCCUAGUGUACUUCUUUCAAUUUUGGAACCUCAGAUGCAAUUACCUCCUGAUAUUGAUCAUUGCAAGUUUUCUGGUCCUGAGACUCUGGAGCAACAAUCAUUUGCUGUUCUGCCUCCUGCCUCUCGUAAUGGACUGGCCUCUUCAAGAUCAAAUAGCCAAGAUGACUCUGAUGGGAAAGUUGAUGUUGCUGAUAAUAAUGGUAAAGUGGAUAUUCCUGAGGAUGUGAGUCUUCUCUUUGCUCCACCAGAACUCAAUAGAAUGUCUCUUACACAUGUUCGUGGAAGCCCAGACAUGAAGAGAUCAGAAUCAAGCUGCUUCAGUGCCAGUCCAGAAGUGAACCAUGUUGUUCAGAAAGAUUUAUGCAAGAAAAUUCCAAAUGACGUGGCAUUAGAUGCUGCUCAGGGAUUAUUUUCUAAUUUACUGGGUGAUUAUUCACAACUUAUGAAUUAUCGGGAUUGUGAGCUGAGGGCUUCUGAGUUCAGGCGUUUAGCUCUCGAUUUGCACUCCCAGAAUGAGAUCACCGUGGAGAGUCAUGAUGCAGCUAUAGAUGCGCUGCUUUUGGCAGCAGAGUGUUAUAUUAAUCCAUGCUUUAUAAUGUCUUUUAAGAACAUCUCUUCAGAUGUGGAAAAAAAUCGCACUAAAAGGACCAAUGAGGAUCAUGAACUUGCUGAGAACAGGUGGAUUUUAAAACAAAAUGAUAAUGACUUGAAAAUCGUAGCUGAUAUUGAAAGGAAAAGAGAUAGAACAGUUCUUGAAAUCCUGAUUGAGGCAUCCCAGUUAGAAAGGAAAUAUCACACAGGGGCAGUGGAAGGGCUCUCUGCAUCAUAUGUUGAAGCGAGUGAAGACAUUAUAAAUUUAUCUCAGCAGGACAUUCUUUCUGCAGAUGCCAUUACCUUGCUCCGGCAGAAUCAAGAACUUUUGUGCAAUUUCUUGGUUCAGCGUUUGCAGGGGAAUUUCAAUGGAGAUCAACAUUCAAUGCAUGAGAUUCUGAUGCAGUGUCUUCUGUUUUUGUUGCAUUCAGCAACUAAAUUAAUCUGUCCCCCUGAGCAUGUAGUUGAUAUAAUAUUGAAGUCUGCUGAAUCCUUCAAUAGGCAGCUGAAAUUGUUUUAUUGCGAAUUCAAGGAAGGUGAUUCACAGUUGAGCCAGUGUAAGCUGCAUGAGGUGCAACGCUUCUGGAUUCUUCUCAAUAGAUUAGUAAUUGCUUCAAGUGGUUGUGAUGAGGGAUCUGACCUUUCAAUUAAUGUUAGAAAUGGUUUUAGGCUUUCAAAUUUAAUUCCUCCUUCAGCCUGGCUGCAGAAAAUACCUGCCAUUUCUUCAUCUGCUUUUCCUCUUGUAAGGUUUUUCAGUUGGAUGGCAGUUUCUCGUAAUGCUAAACAAUAUCUGAAGGAUCGACUCUUCCUUGUUUCAGAUUUGUCACAAUUGACAUAUCUUCUAUCAAUAUUUUCAGAUGAGCUCUCUCUAGUUGAUAACAUCAUUGGGCAAAAAGAUAUGAACAAGACGAUUGAAGAAUUUUCUGUCAAGCAGGAUAUUGAUGUUGGGAGUGAAGGCAAAUUUCUUGGCCACCAUGAUAGACAACAAUCUUUUCAUGCUUUAUAUCCUGAUGUUAGUAAAUUCUUUCCCAAUUUAAAGAAAGAAUUUGAAGGUUUUGGUGAAACCAUAUUGGAGGCUGUUGGUUUACAGUUGAAGUCUCUUUCUCCAACUGCUGUUCCAGAACUGAUGUGUUGGUUUUCUGACUUAUGUUCAUGGCCAUUUGUUCAAAAUGAGAAGCCCCAACUCUUAUCUCAAAACAAAUCUGACUAUUUCAAAGGUUUUGUUGCUAAGAAUGCAAAAGCUAUAGUUUUAUACAUGCUUGAAGCCAUUGUAGCUGAGCAUAUGGAAGCAAUGCUACCAGAAAUACCCAGAGUUGUGCAGGUGCUUGGGUCUCUAUGCAGGACAUCAUACUGUGAUGUGUCAUUUCUUGACUCCAUAUUAAGUUUGGUAAAGCCAAUCAUCUCAUAUUCCUUAAGAAAGGUGGCUGAUGAGGAAAAGUUGUUGAUUCAUGAUUCGUGCCUUAAUUUUGAAUCUCUAUGCUUUGGUGAACUUUUUGAUAAUAUUAGAUAUGUUGAUGAGAAUCGAAGGACUUCGACAGAGAAAGGAAGCUGCCGGGCACUUACAAUUUUUAUUUUAGCUUCCAUUUUUGGUGAUUUAUCCUUUCAUCGCAAAUUAGAAGUAUUGCAGUCCACCAUGUUAUGGGCUGAUUUCGCUUCCUAUGAGCGGACAAGUUCUUUACAUGAUUAUAUUUGUGCAUAUCAGGUUCUCAUGGAAAACUGUAAAGAUCUACUUAUUGGUACUUUGAGAGUCCGUGGUGCCAUUCCGCUUAAAAUGUCCCUAUGUUCUGACUCUAGUUCUGGUACCGUUGAUGAUCUCUCCAGGUCAUCCUCUGGGUUUCUAAGUGAUAUAUGCAACACUUUGUCUUCUACUGAGGUAUCAGAGAUGCAUCAAGGCAACACUGAUACAGCUACUGAUGCCAGUCAAAACAUUCAAUUGACUUUGGAGGAAAUAAAUAGUUUUUCUAAAGAUUUAGAGGCCCUCAUUUCAAAACUCAAUCCGACUAUCGAUCAAUGCUGGAAAAUCCAUCAUAAUUUGGCGAAGAAAUUGGUACUCACAUCUGCUGAGUGUUUUUUCUACUUAAGAUGUUUAUGUUUUGUUGCAGAGGAAGUGUCUGCUUUUUCAGGGGUUGAGAAGCUUUUUCAAAGCAAUAAUUUUUAUGAGUUCCCAGAAUUUUGGAGAACCAGUCUUAAAGGACUUUCUGAAAUGAUCCUUGUGCUACAGAAGAAAAACUGUUGGGAGGUAGCAUCUGCAAUGCUUGACUCACUUCUUGGACUGCCUCGGUGGUUGUGUUUGGAUAAUGUGAUUGGCGACAUAUGUAUGGCAAUUAAGAACUUCUCUAAGAGUGCACCAAAGAUUGCUUGGAGGCUGCAGGCAGAUAAGUUAUUAUCACUGUUAUUAGGAAGAGGUAUCCAUAAUCUUCAUGAAAGUGAAGUUCCUCUGAUUGAUUUGUUCUCUGGCAUGAUUGGCCAUCCUGAGCCUGAACAACGAUAUAUUGCACUAAAGCACUUGGGAAGACUUGUUGGCCAAGAUGUAGAGGGUGGGCGAGUGUUGUCUUCGACAACUGACAAAGUAACAGCUUCAUCAGACUUACUUAUUUCUGCUUCUGAGCCAAUUUUAUCUGCUUUAGUUUCGGCUACCUGGGAUCAGAUUGCUUUAAUGGCAUCAUCUGAUGCAUCGUUGCUCUUGAAAACCCAUGCAACAGCUCUUCUUAUAGCCUAUAUACCAUUUACUGAGAGGCAAAAAUUACAGUCCUUUCUUGCAGCAGUUGACAGUAUUCUUCAGUGUUUAACGACUCUUGCAGAACUGCCAUGUGAUGGCCCAUUAACGCAGUUCUCUUUGGCGCUGAUUGCCAGUGUUUGCCUUUAUUCACCAGUUGAAGAUCUCUCUCUCAUUCCUGAAAGUAUUUGGAGAAAUAUUGAAACUUUUGGGUUGUCUGGAAAUGAUAGGUAUUGCACUGGAAUCGAGAAAAAGGCUUGUGAGGCUUUAUGUAAACUGAAAACUGAUGGAGAUGAGGCUAAACAGAUACUGAAGGAAGUACUCUCUUCAAGUUCUUCAAAACAGCAAGAUCCAGAUUUCGUAGCGACACGUGAAUCAAUUCUUCAGGUUAUUGCCAAUUUAACGUCUACCCAAUCAUAUUUGGAAUUUUUUGCCAAGGAAGUUGAUAAAAAGGAGAUGGAAUUAGAAGAAGCAGAAUUGGAAAUGGAACUUCUUCAGAAAGAAUGCCCACAACCCGAUACAUCUUCUGAUUUCCAAGAUUGGCGUCAGAUACCAUUUUUAUCCACUUAUACUGAGUAUGAUAGCCGUGUGCAGCAAAUCAAGGAUGGAAUCACAUCCCUGGAAAGGGAGAAACUUAAAAAGGAAAUUGUAGCUCGCAGGCAACAAAAGCUACUUGUCAGGCGCGCCCGCCAACAAUUUUUAGAAGAGGCUACUGUAAGAGAAGCAGAACUACUUCAAAAACUUGAUAGCGAGAGGACAAGUGAAGUAGAAAGGGAGCUUGAGAGACAGCGGUUGCUGGAACUUGAGCGUGCAAAAACCAGAGAGUUGCGGCACAAUCUUGAUAUGGAGAAAGAGAAGCAAAAUCAGAGAGAACUCCAGCGGGAACUUGAGCAAGUAGAGUCUGGGAUGCGACCAUCAAGGAGAGAAUUUUCAUCCGCCACUCAUAGUAGACCACGGGAUAGGUACCGUGAAAGGGAAAAUGGAAGAGCAGGUAAUGAAGGCAGCUUGAGAGCAAGUACUGGCAACUUGCAGCCUGAUACUGUUCCCACAAGUUCAGCCAUUGGAAGCAUUCCAACAGUUGUUUUAUCUGGAAAUAGGCAGUUUUCGGGUCAACUUCCCACUAUUCUACAAUCCCGUGACAGAUCAGAUGAAUGUGGCAGCAGUUAUGAUGAAACUUUUGAUGUAAACAAGGACCCAGGUGACACAGGUAGCAUCGGCGAUCCAGAUGUAUCCAGUCUUGAGGGUCAAUCUAUUGGAUUUGGAUCUGCCCAAAGGCAAGGUUCAAGGGGCAGCAAGACAAGGCAGGUAAUUGAGCGGAGAGAACGUGGUGAUGGUAGACGCGAAGGGAAAUGGGAGCGCAAACACUAGUUAUCUAUAGCCGUUUGGCUGUGAUUACCAUCUUUCACACAGCUGUGUUCAUGUAAAAUGUAUAUAUUGCAAGAUUGUUAUAUUGUCUGCUUAUAAUGUAUGUAAUGUGGGGAAAAAUAUCCACUGUUUGAGGAAUAUAGGAAAUAUGUAGCGCAAUCUUACACUAGGAAUUUCAAUACUUGUGCGAAGCUUAAGAUGCCUUGUUAGACGACCAUUUAUUAUUUGGAGAUUCCUUGUACAAGUUUAUUAAACCAUGUAUCAGGUUUUGUCAACUUAUGAUUUGGUUUAUCCUAUUUAAAAUAAUUAUGUUGUAAGAGCGUGCAAGUUGCACAAAAUGAA